GGGGAUGGUGAGUCGACUAGACGCUGAACACGGCACGGCGCUGUGCAGCGCGCCGUUGUGCAGGACUGGGGCAAAGAACUUGCGGCGCUCACCAAGAGAGCACAAUGGCGAGAAAGCCUCCACCUCUUGGCUUCGAUGGAAUUGCAGGCCCUGCAGCCUGACAUCAUUAUGCAGAACAGCCUGCUCAGCGCGAGCGUGCGACAUCACUGGCAACUGGCCCUGGUGGAUCUGCGAUCCAAAGGCUACCAGCCAGACCAGGUCACCAUGGGCAUUGUGGUCAAGGCCUCUGAGCGGUGGCAGGCCGCACAGGCCUCCCUGGCGUCCGCGUGCCGCGCCUCCGCCGUGAGCGUGGUGAGCUACGGCGCUGCACUCAGCGCUGCCGAGCGCCAGACUGCCUGGGAGCAGGUUGGCAAGCUCCAUCGUGACCUACAAGUGAAAGGGUUGCAGCUAAAUACAGUGAUCUACAACACCUGGAUUACUUCGAGGAGGGAACAUGACUGGAGGAUCGCUGUCUCCCUCUACAACAGCCUUCAAGAGAUGUUGUUGCAGCCCACUGUGGUGACUUUGUCAGCGAUGAUCACUGGCGUUGCUUUGGCCUGGCAGUUGGCCAUGGAGUUUCUGCGAGAAAUUCGCGAGCAGCAGCUGCAAGGGAAUUUGGUGGCCUACAAUGCUGCCAUCAGCAGCUGUGAAAAGGCCAGUCAAUGGACCUGGGCCCUGCAUUUGCAACAGGAGGCUGCAGCAGAAAGUCUGCAUCCCAAUGUUAUCACAUGCAGCGCAGCGGUGAGUGCAUGCGAGAAAGCCGCCGAGUGGGAGCCAGCGUUGUCUCUGUUGCUGUGCGCCGGCAAGCAGCAGGUGGAAAAAAACCUGGUCACCUACAAUGCCUUCCUGGGAGCCUGUCAGAAUGCCUGGCAGUGGAAGAGAUCCUUGGCCAUUUUGCGAUCGCUCUCUGAUGCUGACGUCAUUUCUCACACCUCAGCUGUUACAAGUCUGGGAGAGACAUCACAGUGGUGCCGAUCUACAGGCUUGUUGGCAGAGCUCAAUACUUGGCGGAUCCAGGCAGACUUCUCCUUGCUCAGUGCCAUCACUUCGGCGAUGGCGCCCAUGGCCCAAGCCUGGCGGGAAGCAGUUGAAAUGCAAGAACUUCUGCCGCUCAUGCACCAAAAGCCGGGUGUCAGCUUUGUGAACUCGCUGCUGCGCGCAUGCCAUGCUGGGAGCGCUUGGCGACAAAGCACUCAAGUGCUGUCAGCGCAGCAUCUCAGCCGACUCGUCCCAGAUGAGUUGGCAUUGCAGUCCGCACUGCUGGGUUCCCUGACCGCGGGCGCCUUCACUGCUGCGCGCAGGAUCUUGGAUGACCUCGCGACGGGGCUUCGAGAAGAAAUGUCCGUGCCAAAAGCCGUCAGCAUGAGAGACUACGUGGAAGAUCUUUUUGGCAGAUGCAAAGGCAGACCGGCAGACCUUUGGCAGACCUUUGGUCCUGUGGUGUUCCAAAGAUUGGAGGAGCCGUUGCCGCUUCGGACAGCUGGGCCUGCCACCCCGGCCAAAGCGGAGCCGGUCAGCAACUGGGUGCAGGGCCUCCAAUUCACCAACCCAAAAAAGGCGCCGGAACCCACGGAGCCCCUGCCAAAGAGAAAGGCGUUCCGAGGCGCGGCGCUUGGAUGCCAAAAAGAGGAGAAUAUCCAGCGGAAAAUUGAAAGCCCAUGGCACUCUGAUGGUCCAUUGUGGCGCAGCAAGAUGCACGUUGGAUCGUCCAUGCUGAUGCACAAGCGACCUCGAAGUGGUUGUCAUUUGAAGGUGUUCAAAGCGCGGCGCCCCAGGACUCAUGACAUUUCCUGA